AGCGUCUCACUUUUCAUGUAGCUCACAUUCAAUAGCCCUUAACACUCGUGAACCGCUACUUCGGCUUUCGCUGUUGCUUUACUGCACGGGUUUAUCAGUCCUUUCACGAUUACUCAAUCGUUUCACGUGCAAUCCAGUUUUGCACAUCAUUUCUCCUCUGGACGCUUUCUUCACUGCAGACACCCAGCGGGCUACUUCAUUGGUUUGCCUUUUAAACGAAAAGCAUUUCAAAUGAGAUGCAAAUUGCUUUGCGGUUGACUUCGAUGUCGCGCGCCGCUACUUUCACAAAAGUUUCUUCAAUUUCAAUGUAACAUGUUGCCUGCCGCAUCCUCCUGAAGGGUUGCGUGCAGCAAACGACGGAUUAAAUGGAUUAAUUUUUCACCUCGGUCCGGAGUUUUCACGCAGUUUGUGUAUAUUUUGGUUCGUUUGGAGCGGUUGCUCUCGAGGGGUCUUUAAAAAUGAGCGAAAUAAACACAGAGGACAGUCAACAUGAAAACGGGGAGCAGAACAGAAAGGAAUCGGACCGACAACUCCGGUUGAGACUGUGCGUUUUAAAUGAAAUAUUGAACACUGAACGGGAUUACGUGAGAAACCUGUCUUUUCUACAGUCGGCUUUUCUUCAGAGAAUUAGACAGACGCCAGAAAACCUACAAUGUCUCACGCCAGAGCAGGUCAAGAUCUUGUUCUCCAACAUCGAAUCUAUUCUGGACGUCCAAUGCAAGUUUCUCUCUGCUUUGGACGGCAGUCUGCAGCCUGAACCUCAGUCGCAUCACUCUCUCGGACACGUCUUCCUCCAGUUUAGGGAACGUUUCUCUGUGUAUGGGGAAUACUGUAGUAACCACGAGAAAGCACUCAGACUACUGAUGGAGAUAAACAAGAUCCCUCACGUGCGGACUUUCCUGCUGCACCUAAUGCUGUUGGGAGGCAAGAAGAGCACAGAUGUUCCUCUUGAGGGGUACCUGCUUUCUCCCAUCCAGAGGAUCUGUAAAUACCCUCUCCUACUGAAGGAGCUUUUGAAGAGGACCCCUAAGAAGCAUCCAGAUUACCCCGCAGUAGAGGAGGCCCUGCAGGCCAUGAAAGCUGUGUGCUGCAACAUCAACGAGACCAAGAGACAAAUGGAGAAAUUAGAGGCUCUUGAGAUACUACAGUCACAUAUAGAAGGCUGGGAGGGGACAAACCUGACUGAUAUUUGCACGGAACUGCUGCUACAAGGCAACUUGUUAAAGAUAUCAGCUGGAAACAUCCAAGAGCGGGUCUUCUUCCUGUUUGACAACCUCCUGGUCUACUGUAAGAGGAAGUCAAGGGUGUCCGGGAAGAAAUCCACCAAGAGGACUAAAUCCAUCAACGGUCCGCAGUAUGUGUUCAGAGGCCGCAUCAACACUGAGGUCAUGGAGGUCGAGAAUGUGGAAGAUGGAACUGCGGAUUACCACAGUAACAAUUACACCGUGACCAACGGAUGGAAGAUUCACAAUACAGCUAAAAACAAAUGGUUUGUUUGCAUGGCCAAGAACGCUGAGGACAAACAGAAGUGGCUGGAUGCAAUUUUAAAGGAACGUGAACAGAGAGAAAGUCUUAAGCUGGGCAUGGAACGAGAUGCUUACGUCAUGAUUGCAGAGAAGGGAGAGAAGCUCUACCAUAUGAUGAUGACCAAGAGCCGCCACCUCAUCAAAGAUCGACGCAGGAAACUCACCACUGUACCCAAGUGCUUCUUGGGAAAUGAGUUCGUCUCAUGGCUCUUGGAAAGUGGAGAGAUCAGUAAGGCUGAGGAGGGAAUCAACCUGGGUCAGGCUCUUCUGGAGAACGGCAUCAUCCAUCAUGUGUCAGAUAAACACCAGUUUAAGAAUGAGCAGGUGUUGUAUCGCUUCCGUUAUGAUGACGGCACUUAUAAAGCCAGGAGCGAAUUGGAGGACAUCAUAUCAAAGGGAGUGAGACUCUACUGCCGUCUACACAGUCUCUUCACACCUGUUGUCAAAGACAGAGACCAUCACCUGAAAACGUUCAAAUCUGUCAUACCAGCUAAUAAACUGGUGGAUUGGCUUGUGUCACAGGGUGACAGCACGAGCCGUGAGGAUGCGGUGACCCUCGGUGUGGGACUCUGCAAUGCUGGUUUUAUGCAUCACGUGCUGGAGAAAAGUGAAUUCAAAGAUGAGUCUCAGUUUUUCCGGUUCUACGCUGAUGAAGAAACAGAGGGCACGGGCUCCAAAAGUAAACAGCUACGCAGUGACUUCAAACUCAUCGAGAACAUCCUUGCCAAAUCCUUAGUGAUUCAUCCGGAAGAGGAAGACUACGGCUUUGAGAUCGAAGAGAAGAACAAGGCAAUCGUAGUGAAAAGUGUGACCAGGGGCUCGUAUGCAGAGAUGGCAGGUCUGCAGCCGGGGAGGAAGAUUUACUCCAUUAAUGAAGACUUGGUGUUUCUAAGGCCCUUUUCUGAAGUGGAGACAAUGAUCAGCCAGUCCUUCUGUAUACUUCGCUCUCUCAGACUGCUGGUGGCCACCAAGAACAAAGAGAUUGUGAAGAUCCCAGAUUUUCAUGGGACUUUGCCGUUUGUUCUGUGUGGUUCAUGUCCACCGUACGUUCAUGCGGUAAAGAAAGGAUCCGAUGCAGCAUCGGCAGGUCUUCAGCCCGGUCAGUGCGUGCUCAAGGUCAACGGCAACAACAUGAACCAGAGCAGCUAUCAGGAAGUUCUUGAGUAUUUCAGCGGCCAUCAGCCAGUGCUGGAGCAGCAGGACUCGAGCUGUGGUCAGUGGGCGUACCGCGUGUAUGAGGAUGUGGAGGAGCAGAUGUCUUUCAGGGCGUGUGAGAACGGCUCGGAUUCAGAGGAUGGCUGCAUUAAUGGAACAGGUUCUGUUAGAAGGCUGGAACAGCUGUCCAUCUCUGACGAUGGUCCUUUGAUCAGUCUCAACGUGGACAACGUUCACGUGGAACAUGGGGUCGUGUACGAGUACGUCAGCACGGCAGGCAUCAAACACUGCGUGCUGGAGAAGAUGGUGGAGGCCAAUGGCUGCUUCAGCCUGGCUGCAAAGAUACUGAAGGCUUUUGUGAAGGACGACAGUCAGUUUGUGAGGAGCUGCCGGCUGCUCAUGUCUCAGAAUGACAAGGUGGUGUCCAUGCCACAGUUUGAGUUCCGAAACAUCUGCGACACCAAAAUGGAGAGCAUCGAGAGACGCAUCCACAGCUACGAACAGUUUGUGGAGGAGCUGCAGAUGAAGGCCUGGCCCACGUUUAAGCAGGCAAGCACUAAGCCUCACGUUCUGAACUGCAUGGACUUUGUUCCCACCAACUGUCACCUGAACCUGAUGCAGGUGUCCUGCCCCAAGAACACCUCCUCAGCUGGCCGAGCCUUCAGCAUCCGUUUCGGACGCAAGAACUCCUUCUUCGGCCUCGAUCCAGACCAAGCUAAUCUGAAUCCAAUGUCUCACGCCCUACACUGUGUGACCAGCAUGGCAGCCCCUUCCUGGAGCUGUCUGAGUUCAGAUGAAGAAACGGAGGAGGGAGAUGGUGGGGCGGAGAACGGCAGGAGGCAGGAAGAAGGGGGUCUCAGUUUCCUCCUCAAACAGGAAGACACGGAGAGCCAGGACAAUUAUAUUUUCCUAUACAAUCGACUGGACAUCGCAGUGCGAGAGAUGAAGCAAUACGUGGCCCAGAUUGAUGUACUCCUGUCAUCCAUAACCGGACCGACCCAGCCACAGGGUUCUGAACCACCCUCAUUCGAGAACUCCUCCUCGACCCCUCCCAUACCAGAGGAGACGGACCAAGACAAGACAGAGCACGGAGGGAACAAGAGAGUGUGCUUCAAAGUGAACGAAGAUGACCAGGACGAUUCUGGCCAUGACACUAUGAGCUACAGAGACUCCUACAGUGAAUGUAACAGCAACCGGGACUCAGUCUUGUCGUACACAAGCGUCCGGAGCAACAGUUCUUACCUGGGCAGUGAUGAGAUGGGCUCAGGAGACGAGCUGCCAUGCGAUAUGCAGAUUCCUCUAGACAAGCAAGAUAAACUGCACGGAUGUUUGGAACACCUUUUCAAUCAAGUCGACUCCAUCAACAGUCUUCUGAAGGGCUCUGUCAUGAGCAAAGCCUGUGAGGAAACCAAGCAUUUUCACACCGACCACAGUCAGCCAGAGUUUCGGCACACGGACGACUGGACUGUACGCUGGAGGUGCGUCCUGCACAAGAACAUCCAGGAGGACCCUUGGAACCUGCCCAUUUCAAUCAAAUCUCUAGUGAACAGUCUUCAUCGCUUUGUAGAAGAUGGAAGGAGUCAGCUCUUGUUGGCGUUGCUUAAAUGCACAGACACAGAACUCCAGUUGCGGCGAGAUGUUAUAUUCUGUCAAGCCCUGGUGGGAGCGAUGUGCGCGUUGGCUGAGCAGCUUGUCAACGCGCUGAACCUGCGUUUCAACAAUAACGGAGAAUACGAGGAGGACAGUAAAGAGGUCAGCCGAAAGUGGCUAGAACAGAUCUCCACAAUCGGAGUGCUCUUUAACUUCCAGUCCACGCUGUCUCCACACAUGAAACAAGAGAGAAUCAUGCUGGAAGACACAAAAGCAGCUCUGCAGGAUCUGGAGAAAGUCACCGUCUUAUUCCGCCCACUGGAUAACGAGUGUCUCGUCCCAAACACCUCAGUGCAUUAUCAGGUUGAAGGUAAUCGGCAGGCCAUCAGGGUGACCAUGUUCCUGGACAGGUGUCAGUUCAGCGAGCUGCCAACUCGACUGCAGAACGGAGGCUCUCUGAAACUUCAGGCUGUUUUUUUCACGAUAGGGCUAGAGAAACCAGAGGGUGUGUUGUCUCAGGAUUUCGUCUCCAUGGAAGAGUUUCAACAGCGCACAAAUGCUCUGUCACUGGAAAAGGUCAAAGGUUAUUACCGCAAACUCAGGGCUUUUUAUCUGGAGAAGUCUAAUUCAGACUCAAAUUCCACAGCCAUGAAAAUUGACCAGCUUCUCCGGCCGCUUAACACCUUGGAUGACCUCUGUCGGCUCAUGCAGACAUAUAUGAACAUCAAAGCCAGUUCUGCAGGUCAACCCUCAGGUGUCAGCGUUCUGCUGGCCUCCUCUGAGCUCUGCAGCCGUCUGGGGGCGUGUCACAUCACCAUGUGUGCCACUGGAAUGCAGAGGUGCACUCUGACUGUAUCACUGGAGCAGGCCGUUACUCUAACCAGAAACCACGGCCUCAUGCCCCGCUGCCUCAUGCAAACCAUGGACAUCAUGCGAAAACAGGGCACCAGAGUGGAGAUCUCUGCCAAAAAUCUCAGAGUAAUGGACCAGAUGCCCCCUUUUGCUCCCAGGCUCUUCAGGUUGUGUUUACCACCUUCUGAUGGAGAUCUUUGAAUUAAAGACGUGUCCCUCAGACCUCCUGGUUGCCGAGAGAUAUCAAGACUGGCUUAAAGAGCUCUUAUUCAUUAUAAAACCUUCUCGUUCCUGACCAGCCUCAUCCAGAGAGGUCUGGCUCAGGUCGGAGAAACCACAAAAGCCCGGCCAUCUUUAUCUGCUGCUCCGGCAGAUGAGAAAAUCGCUAAUGCUAACUUUGCUAAUAUCUGCUAGCUGUGUCUGCCCACAUUUCUACAUUGUUGGAGUUCCUCCCAGCGCAUUCUGGACUGCACGUCAGAGAACAGAAGCGAAUCGCUCGGUCCUCACGUUAAAGGCUGUUUUGUUUCUUACUCUGCCUUUGACUGCAAUCUUAGUCGGCGGGUCCGGUUUGGUCUGUGGGUGGUGGGGUUCCGUUCAGAAGGCCAAGUUGGUGAUUAUGUGCAAUUACUGUAUCUUAGCAUGAGUGUGUGUGUGCACUAUGUGACAGGAGGUGGCGUUCUGUCACUUUCUCUCACUUAUCAGGUAUUAUGACAUUACUGAAGUCAUUCCAGCUAACGUUAUAUGGACCAGUCUGGGGCUGUUUUAAAUCUUCAUUCUUAUCCGUCCUGUGUUUUAUUAUUCUGUUAAAUGACACGAUUUUAUUAUAGUUCCGUCAACUUCUCAUUCAUUGAAGGAUAACGGAAUACGAUGGGAGGCGCUCAAUAUAUAAAUAAGCCUGCGUACAAAAAGUUUCACUGUAAUCAAAGUGUUGAUAUUGAAGGCAGAAAAGGUUUAUCGAUCAACUACGGUUGAUAAGCUAAAAGAAAAAGUGUGUCCCUGGUGUAUAGCACUUUUUAAACCACUUUUUAAACAUGAAUCGGUGCUUUGUUACGGUGUGCAGGUGUUUGGAAAAGCACAAUAAAAGCUUGUGUUCUUCAUCAUCAGUGUUUGUUAAACGUACUGCACACGUUGAGAAUAAAGCACAAGCAAAAGGGAACAUUGAAAAUAGAUACGGAAGACUUUUAUUUUUUAUUUAGGUAAAUGUAUAUAUGCAUCAGAGCGAGGGAUACGCAGACGCUUUUUGGGAACAGCAGUGCUAUAAUUUAAAGAG